GCUGUAUUUAUUGCGUGACGGCAAAGCCUUGUCCCCUAGUGCCGGCCGCCGGACCCCGGCGAUGGCCUGCACCAGCACGGCCGGCCGAGAUGACGACGACAAACACACAACUCCACCUGGUGCAGCGCACACGUCGCGUACUCCACUGAACCGGGUCUAUAUCAUCACCUCGCACCUGGCAAGUCCCAUCUCACCACGGUUCACUGCUAUAAUGGCUUCCGAGGACUCUGCCGCGCCCGUCGUCGUGGACGACUGCCGGGGCGUGCUGUUGGUGUACAGCGACGGGGCCGUGGUGCGCAGGGAUGGGCCGAGCUUCGCCACGCCGGUGCGGGACGACGGCACCGUGGAGUGGAAGGACGCCGAGUUCGACGCGCCCCGCGGGCUGGGACUCCGGCUCUACAGGCCGCGCCAGCGGAACCAGCUCCUACCGGUCUUCUUCUACUACCACGGCGGCGGCUUCUGCAUCGGCUCGCGCACCUGGCCCAACUGCCAGAACUACUGCCUCCGCCUCGCCGCCGAGCUCGGCGCCGUCGUGGUCGCCCCGGACUACCGCCUCGCCCCCGAGAACCGCCUCCCCGCGGCCAUCGACGACGGCGCCGCCGCCCUCCUCUGGUUUGCUUCGCAGGCCGGCCCCGCCGGCGACACAUGGCUGACCGAGGCCGCCGACUUUACUCGGGUGUUUAUCUCUGGUGACUCCGCGGGAGGCACCAUUGCCCACCACCUGGCCGUGCGUUUCGGCUCCGCGGCCGGGCGCUCUGAGCUGGGCAACGUACGCGUCAGGGGCUACGUCCAACUCAUGCCCUUCUUCGGCGGCACGGAACGGACGAGGUCCGAGGCGGAGUGCCCCGACGACGCGUUCCUCAACCGCCCGCUCAACGACCGCUACUGGCGCCUCUCGCUGCCUCCCGGCGCCACGGUCGACCACCCGGCCUCCAACCCGUUCGGGCCGGACAGCCCGGCGCUGGAGGCGGUGGAGCUGGCCCCGACGCUGGUGGUGGUCGGAGGCCGCGACAUCCUCCGUGACAGGGCCGUGGACUACGCCGCGAGGCUGCGGGCGAUGGGGAAGCCGGUGGGGGUGAGGGAGUUCGAGGGGCAGCAGCACGGCUUCUUCACCAUCGACCCAUGGUCCGCCGCGUCUGCGGAGCUCAUGCGCGCGCUCAAGCGCUUCAUCGACACCGACGGGCGCUUCGACUAGAUCCGUUCCAUCGCCUCCGACUCCUCAGUCUAUGUCUUUCUGCUGCUUUACCAAGUCUACAGAUGGCAUUGCAAUACCAAAACUCAUGAAAUUACGGCAAAAAUGAUAAAUUUGACCUGUAGACAAAAAGAAUUCACAAAAUAAACUGUUCUUGAAAAAAAUUUCACUCCACUGACCCUUUCAUGUAGCGCCCAACAAUAAGGCAUCACACUACACAGUGCAACACCUGACUGACAGACGCUAUACACCUAACCAGCGUCCAAACCUAAACUGCCUGAAAAUUCUAAGUUAAUGUGCAACGCCUGAGGGCUAGACGCUACACUAUACAGUGCAGCGCCUAGCACCUAGGCGCUACACUGAUGUCCAGUUAAUUAGUAAAAAGAUUCGCAUUAAGCAGCACGAAAGAUCCAAACAAGCACACGACGCUCAUGCAUGCAGUACGUUGCUGUAGGCCCUACGAGGCUGUGGCCACGCAUGCACGCACGUGGUUUGGUGAUCCGUCGGUUGCGUGUAGUGCGUCGGUACAAGGUUUUGCUUUGUCCCUUGUAUAGCUGUUAGUGUAGCGCCUAGACUCUCGACGCUACACUAUAUAGUAUAGCGCCUAAUUCUUAGGCAUUGCAUGCUGACUUAGAAAUUUCCAGGCAUUUUGAGGUGUGAUAGGCGUGUAGCGCCUGUCAGUCAGGCGCCGCACAGUGUAGUGUGGCGCCUGGCUGUCGGGCGCUACACAAAAGGGUCAGCGGAAUGAAUUUUUUCUAACAACAGUUUACUUUGUGAAUUCUUUUUGUCUACAUGUCAAAUUUAUAGUUUUUGCCUGAAAUUACACCGAGGCAAAAGAUAAGCUCCCACACGGAACAAAUAUAUCGUCUUGUUUCAGAUUUUCUCAAAGACCCAUGGAAUGUA